AGUAUACUUGUUUUACUUAGUAUUAUGUAAAUUGUAAAACCAUCCAGAAUCUUGAAAUGCAAGUGAAAUCUUAUAAAAGUAAAAAUUUUGUUUUUGUUUCUUGAAAACCUGACUGCAAACUCUGAGUCGUCGACAGGAAAGAAAAAAUUCAUUAAUAAGGAAAACGGACAAAAAUUAAAAAUUUCAGAACUUUGGGCUCUUAAGCUAGCCCAACUAUACAGAACUUUAAAGAGUGCAAAUUUAAUAUGUUUUAGGCCCAUUUUUAUUUUUGUGCUUUUAGAUGUUAAAUAUUUGGAAUGAGAAAAUUUGACACUUAAAGGUAGAGAAUGGGAUUUUUUACAUGACCCAUAUUUCCGAUAAGGAACAAUAACAGACACAACCUCCAACUAAAAUUUCCCACGUUGACAGAGAUACAGCCACUGAUUCAUCAAUGACGUACAUCGCAAUAACAUAUAUACAACAAAACUCCUAGAAACUAGGAGAUAAUUAUAUAAAUUGAAUAAGAACAUAAAAAAAUAAAAUGAAGAAUUCAGUUGGAAGUUGGGGGUUGUACGUGUGUGUACGCACGUCAAAAACUCUUCUAAAUAUCAUAAUCUCUAUAAAUAUUUAUGUCUCGAAGCAUAUUCUUAAUUACUUACAUUCUACGCCUAACACAUGUGCAUCAGUAGGGCAAUCAUCUUGCACAUCUCUAACCCAACUGCAUCUUCAAGAGACACCAUUCUUAGGACGGAUAUCGAUCACAAUCCUACGUGAUUAUCAGAUUCUUAUUCUCCAGUGAUUUUUUUUUAAAAAUUUUGAAACAAGAAGUGGAAGAAGAAGGAUCAAGAAUGGUGUGUUUCUGUUUCUUGGUGGACCAGAAGAGGAAAAUAAAAGGAAGCAAACCGGCGGCAGGAACGUGUUCCCGGUGUGGUUGUGGUGCAAGAAUCGCCGACAUGAAGACUUCGACGAGGUUCUGUCUUAUACCAAUUUAUUGCAGAUCUUGGAGAGCCAUCAUCUGCUGCUUUUGCGGCUCUGUUCUUAAAUCGUACCGUUGAUAUUUUACCUUACAUCUUUUUAUACCUCUUUCCUAAAUUUUGGUUUCUUCUGAAUUUAAAACGCCGUCUGUAACGUUUAGUUUUUUUUUUUUUUUUUUUUUUUAAUUCUAUUAACCUGAAAUCUAAAUUUUGACGGUAGGCUUAAUUCCACGGGCUACUUGUUUUUUUUUUUUGUUUGGAUAAGAGAUUGCAUCGUCUUAUGUUAUUUUAUAAUCCCUAAACAUAUUGGUUUAUAUAUCGGUAAUUCGCAGUGUAACUUGUUUGUAAAUAUUAUUUUAAUUAAUCCCAAAAAGUUUUAGAACCGUGAUUUAUGUUCAACCAUUUCAUGCAAAACUAAUGAUAAAGAGUCUCAUUUCGUAGCUCAUUUAGGUUUGAUCUCUCAGCUCCAUCUGAUGGUUCGAAUCAAAAACAGAAACGGAAAAGGCUAAAACAAACGGAAAUUCACCAUAUGGAAAAUUAUACGUUAUUUUAUAUAACAUGAUGUUAGGAUGUUACAUAAAAUUUAGAAAUGAUCUAAAGCAAUAUAUACGGGACAUGCACAAAUUUACUAAUUGUCAAAUUUUUAUCUUUCAAUAAUAUUAUAAUCAUGCAAUGUUAUUGGUACAAAUAAACAUGAAUAUUAAUUUUGGUAUUAUAAGAAAGUACGAAUUUGAAUUGCUUUUGCCAUCUAUAGUAGGAUACCUUGAGGUAAUACACGAAACCGAUGCCCUAUAUAUGUUUUGUUCUUACACUUUCUCAAGUUUUUCUAAACAACAACUUUUUUUUUUUGGUAAGGAUGAUUUAAUUGAAACUAGAAUUGGGCCAGGCCCAAUACAAAAGAUGAUAAGGCCUCUUUGGCCAACGAAUCCGCAGCAUUGUUUUGAGAUCGUGGAAUAAAGCUAAAGGAAAUUGCAGAGAAACUUAAACAAAUAUCAAGGAUGUCGAAUUGAAUCCCGUGGAAUUUGAAGCUUCGAUUGAAGUGCUUUGACGAGUUGAGUCGAGUCAGAAGCGAGAGAGAGGUAUGUGAAACCGGGCGUGUUGCAACGCGAGAAGAACCGCCGCAGCUUCUGCGAUCAGGGGAGAGCUGAUGUUUUCCGCCGAUUCGGAGCCACGAUCAAUCUCCGAUCCAAGGUGAUCUGUGAAAAUCUAUCCAAACACCGCUAAUUGAUCACCUUUCCAAGCUGCGUCAGUGUUGCAGGUGAUGAAUCGGGGGUCUGUUAGGUUUUGAUUCAUCGUGAUUCCAAGCGGUCGGAUUGGGGGUUUUCUUUCUUGGACUAGGAACCACUCUUUUGCUUGAUUGAUUGCUUGAGUGAUGUCAUCCAGCGGUUGUAAGUGUUUAUCCUUGAAGAUUUUGUUGUUACGGUUUGUCCACAUCGACCAGAAUAACCAAGGAGACAAAGAUCCUUCUCCUAAACCGAUCGGUGGGAGGCAAGUUAGUAGUUUGGACGCUUCAAAUCAUGUUCUGAAGUCUGAUAUGCGGUUUAGGUUCAGUGAGGAUGUGCACGGGAAAGACUCCCAGACUUUCCUUGCGAAGUCACAUGUGAAAAAGAGGUGGGUUAUUGAUUCUUCUUCGGCGUCGCAGUGGAUACAUUUUGCACUUUCCAAAAUUGUCCGGCUCUUGAGGUUUUCUCCUACUGGGAGGGCAUUUUGCAUUGCUUUCCAUAGGAGCAGUUUUAUUUUAGGUGAGCAUUUGGUGUUCCACAACUUUGUCUUCCACUCAUAGUUGUCAGGUGGUGUGGAAGGUUGCUGUGUUUGAUCUUCAGCAUUAAGAGCUUCAUAGUAACCUGAUUUGGCUGUGUAGAUUCCAGAGGGAGUAGGAAGCCAUGCCCAUCUAUCAGGUCCUCCUUUUUUACUUGGUCUGAGGAGUAAAAUUUCGUGUUCAUGAGCUGGUAUGGUCUGUCGUAUCAGCUCCUUCCAUUCUAGAGAGACUGGAUGGCGCAGUUGGGCGACCAUCAAAUGUUGAUUAAAUUCAUUAGCAGGGCCCAUUGGUGUAGCAGGAUGGGUGAGAGAUAGCCAUGGUUCAUUCCAAACUGAAGUGGAUGUGCCAUCACCCAGCAAUUUUCUAAGAUGCGGCUUUAAGAGGUCUCUUCCGAUACAGAUACUCCUCCAGCCAUGUGAGGCAGUGUUUGGGGUACGGGUGUUUAGGAAGUGGGAGGAAUGACAGUACUUCCCCAAUAGUACACGGCUUAGGAGACAAGAUGGGUUAGUCAGCACUCUCCAGCUAACCUUAGCCAACAAAGCAUCAUUAAAUUUUUGUACGUCCCUGAACCCUAGUCCUCCUUUUUUUCAGAGAUUUUGUCAUUCUCUGCCAGGAUAUCCACGCCAUCUUCUUUUUUUCCGUAUUAGCAUCCCACCAGAAUCUGGUCAAUGCGGAUUGAAUGCGCUUGCAAAGGGAAGUGGGGAUCUUAAAGCAUGUCAUCGUAUAGGUGGGCAUAGAGGAGAGGACAGACUUCAGCAUGACCAUUUUUCCCGCAGUAGAAAGGAAUCUAGAAGACCAACUGGGGGCUCUCUGCUUAAUUUUAUCAAUGAUACUCGUGAAAAGAUCCUUUUUCUUGCGCCCAAAGAGCUCAGGAUAGAGACUAGUUCUUGGCAGCUUUGUUAGUCAGAUCGGCAGAAGAACAUGGUGUCAUCUGCAAACAUCCAGAGAGGACUUCACCACAGAGAAUGAAGACAUACGGGGAAAGAGGAUCCCCUUGUCUCAUUCCUCCCUCAAUGUGUCCAAAAUCUGGUGGGAAUCUGCUAAUAAACCGCCAGUUUUAACGGCAAAAGAGUGGCUCGAUAGACUCUUCGAAACAAAAACUGCGUUUCUUCGCAUCGGAUUUCACGAAGAUCAAGAGUAUUUUAGAUCCUAUUUCGUGCUAUAGACUAUUUACACCGGCAUCAUGGUUUUCUCAACUGCAACAAAGUUUAAUAAGAGAAAAUCAACACUAUAUCCGCAGAAACGGGCCAUAUGUCGGUAGAUUGGGUUGGAAGCUAUAGAAUCGAAAGCCCAAGAAGAUUUCGAACCAAACUCUCUUUUACUUUGGCGUACUUUAAACAGAUUUUCUGUCUCUGACGCCGUUCAUUUGUUCUUGUUUUCCCCUGUUUAGAAAUAUGCUUUAGUAAGACUAAGAAUAAGAUACUAGUAUGCAUGAAAAUAUUCGAACAUAUCUUAGUGAUACUUAUUUUUUUCCCCUUAAUAUCCGAUCGACGACUAUUCUUAUAAUCAUAAAGAUAUAAUAUCCGAGUUAAAUAA